AUGGAGGCAAUGGUGGCAGCUAUGGUGGAGGCCCCGGCGGGUAUGGUGGCGGCAACCAGGGCUAUGGCGGAGGAGUUGGCAAUGGCAACCAGGGUGGCAGCUGUGGAGGAGGAUACAACAAUGACAGAUGGUGGUAACUACGGAGGUAGUAACUAUGGAGCUAACGGUGGCGGCAGCAGCACAGCUGGUGGUGGUGCUGGAGAUUACAAUGACUUUGGCAAUUACAGCAGCCAGCCCAAUGAAAGGAGGUGGCAGCUAUGGCAGUGGAGGGGGCAGGAGCAGCGGCCCAUAUGGUGGUGGCUUGGUGGUUAUGGAGGGGGCUCCAGUGGUGUGUAUGGAGGGGGCUCCAGUGGUGUGUAUGGAGGGGGCUCCAGUGGUGUGUAUGGAGGGGGCUCCAGUGGUGUGUAUGGAGGGGGCUCCAGUGGUGUGUAUGGAGGGGGCUCCAGUGGUGUGUAUGGAGGGGGCUCCAGUGGUGUGUAUGGAGGGGGCUCCAGUGGUGUGUAUGGAGGGGGCUCCAGUGGUGUGUAUGGAGGGGGCUCCAGUGGUGUGUAUGGAGGGGGCUCUAGUGGUGUGUAUGGAGGGGGCUCUAGUGGUGUGUAUGGAGGGGGCUCCAGUGGCGUGUAUGGAGGGGGCUCCAGUGGUGUGUAUGGAGGGGGCUCCAGUGGUGUGUAUGGAGGGGGCUCCAGUGGCGUGUAUGGAGGGGGCUCCAUUGGUGUGUAUGGAGGGGCUCCAGUGGUGUGUAUGGAGGGGCUCCAGUGGUGUGUAUGGAGGGGCUCCAGUGGUGUGUAUGGAGGGGGCUCUAGUGGUGUGUAUGGAGGGGGCUCCAGUGGCGUGUAUGGAGGGGGCUCCAGUGGUGUGUAUGGAGGGGGCUCUAGUGGUGUGUAUGGAGGGGGCUCCAGUGGUGUGUAUGGAGGGGGCUCCAGUGGUGUGUAUGGAGGGGGCUCCAGUGGCGUGUAUGGAGGGGGCUCCAGUGGCGUGUAUGGAGGGGGCUCCAGUGGUGUGUAUGGAGGGGGCUCCAGUGGUGUGUAUGGAGGGGGCUCCAGUGGCGUGUAUGGAGGGGGCUCCAGUGGCGUGUAUGGAGGGGGCUCCAGUGGUGUGUAUGGAGGGGGCUCCAGUGGUGUGUAUGGAGGGGGCUCCAGUGGUGUGUAUGGAGGGGGCUCCAGUGGUGUGUAUGGAGGGGGCUCCAGUGGCGUGUAUGGAGGGGGCUCUAGUGGCGUGUAUGGAGGGGGCUCUAGUGGUGUGUAUGGAGGGGGCUCUAGUGGUGUGUAUGGAGGGGGCUCUAGUGGUGUGUAUGGAGGGGGCUCCAGUGGUGUGUAUGGAGGGGGCUCCAGUGGUGUGUAUGGAGGGGGCUCCAGUGGUGUGUAUGGAGGGGGCUCUAGUGGUGUGUAUGGAGGGGGCUCUAGUGGUGUGUAUGGAGGGGCUCUAGUGGUGUGUAUGGAGGGGGCUCCAGUGGUGUGUAUGGAGGGGCUCCAGUGUGGUGUGUAUGGAGGGGGCUCCAGUGGUGUGUAUGGAGGGGGCUCUAGUGGUGUGUAUGGAGGGGGCUCCAGUGGCGUGUAUGGAGGGGGCUCCAGUGGUGUGUAUGGAGGGGGCUCUAGUGGUGUGUAUGGAGGGGGCUCCAGUGGCGUGUAUGGAGGGGGCUCCAGUGGUGUGUAUGGAGGGGGCUCUAGUGGUGUGUAUGGAGGGGGCUCCAGUGGCGUGUAUGGAGGGGCUCCAGUGGUGUGUAUGGAGGGGCUCCAGUGGUGUGUAUGGAGGGGGCUCUAG